AUGGCACUUGAAAUGCAGAAAAAAAUCAAGAAAUAUUGGGAAAGUCUUGAUAACCUGAAUUUUCUUGUUUAUUCUGCCACUGUAUUGGAUCCACGCUAUAAAUUGAGGUUUGUGAGGUUUUGUCUUAAUCAAGUUUAUGAGAAUAACACUACAUCGGCUAAUGUUAUGGAAGAGCAGGUGAAGAAAUUGUUGAUUCGCUUGUACGAGUAUUAUCAAAAUUGUUCUCCCUGUCAAAAUUCUCAAAGUGGGGCUGCUAUUUCAAGUCAGGCUCCAAUUGAAGUGAUGGACAUGGAUGAUGAUGUCGAGUCACGUAACUCUCUAGCUUUUCAAUUUGCAAAACAAAUGAAGAAAGAUGCAUGUGUGCAGACUAGAGAUGUUCUGGCUAUCCCCGUCUCCACAGUGGCAUCCGAGUCAGCCUUUAGUACAAGUGGUCGUAUUCUUGAUCCAUAUCAAAGUUCUCUUAAUACUGAAAUGGUCAGGGCUCUUAAUUUGGCAGGUAAUCAAGCUUUUAUACUUACGACCUACCUAGGACUGAGGAUCUUAAUUGGAUUGCCUUCCUUGUUUGUGCUUCUGAUCAUUAAAUUUCGAAAAAGGCAUUUGUCAUUGUUUAGUACAAUAGAAGCGUUCCUGCAAAGUAACACAAGUCUCACAACAAUUCGAUAUUCCUACUCAGACAUAAGAAAAAUGACAAGAGGUUUUCGUGAAAAACUAGGCGAAGGGGGUUAUGGUUCGGUUUACAAAGGGAAACUUCGAAGCGGCCAUGAUGUAGCCGUCAAACUACUCAACAAGACUAGAGCAAAUGGGCAAGAAUUCAUCAAUGAAGUUGCAACGAUUGGAAGGAUCCAUCAUGUAAAUGUGGUUAAACUUGUCGGAUAUUGUGCAGAAAGAUCCAAACGCGCCCUUGUCUAUGACUUCAUGCCUAACGGCUCCCUCGAGAAGUACUUAUUUAGCAAAGAGACAAGUAAUUGGCUUAGCUUGGCGAGGAAGUUUGAGAUUGCAGUUGGAGUUGCUCGUGGAAUUGAAUAUUUCCACAUAGGAUGUAACAUCCAAAUCCUACAUUUCGACAUAAAGCCUCACAACAUACUUCUAGAUGAUAAUUUCACACCCAAAAUCUCCGAUUUUGGACUCGCAAAGUCUUAUUCAACGGAGAAUACAGCGGUGACUCUCACUGCAGUUAGGGGAACAAUAGGGUAUGUGGCUCAUGAACUAAUGAAUAGAAGCAUUGGCCGUGUUUCUUACAAGGCCGAUGUUUAUAGCUUUGGAAUGUUAUUGAUGGAAAUGUUAGGGCUAAAUAGAGGUACGAGGCAUAAUGACAACAAAUCUAGCCAAUAUUUCCCAUAUUGGAUUUAUGAUCACUUGAAUGAAGGCAACGACAUCGAAAUUGGAAAUGCCGAUAAAAAUGACUAUGACGAUGAUGACGAUGACGACGACAAUGCAAGAAAAAUGAGAAGAAAGAUGACAAUAGUUGGAUUGUGGUGCAUACAAAUGAGCCCAACUGAUCGCCCGUCAAUGAGUGAAGUUUUAAAAAUGCUCCAAGGGGAAAUCAAAAAUUUGCAAAUUCCUCCUCAACCUUCCCAGUUACCUGAUAUUGAAUACUUCAAUGAUCAAAAUUGGGACACAGAGUCAACUGGUUCUAUGGCCUUGUUGAAUGACCAUCUCAACAAAAAGUUUAACCGAUUAGUGAAAUGUAUUAUUUAA